CUGUAUUUGAAAUAAAGGAAGCACAUAUAAUUCGUUAAACAGUCCACACAGUUUCGUAAUACGUCGGCUUUAUAAUCAUGGAAGACGAAAAAGAGAAUUCUUGUCCACGAAUGUAUGGACACCUAUGCAAAUUCCAUUGGCGAGGCAUUGUACUAAUUGUGACACCAUUUCUGUUACUGCCAAUCAUAAUACCAGGCUAUGAGAGACCCUUACGUUGCCUAUAUGUAUUUUCCCUCAUGUCCAUUUAUUGGUUAACAACUGCUGUACCGUUACAAGUGACCGGUUUGUUGCCAUUUGUUUUGCUGCCAUUUCUGGGCCUGAUGGAUUCAACUCCGACGUGUAAACAAUACUUCACGGUACCGUUAGCGAUUUUCAUAGGAGGCGCUAUUGUGGGCCUCAGCAUCGAAUCCAGCAACUUGGGUAAACGCGUGGCUCUCGGUUUACUAACAGUGCUGGGUGUUAGUCCCAAACGCAUUAUCAUUACUCUCAUAUUGACUACCGGGUUUUUCUCGAUGUGGAUGCAGAACACAAUCACUACGGCAAUGAUGUUGCCUCUAGUGAAAGCCGUGCUCGACGAAUUCGAGGCGGGCGGUUUAAAGAUCAAGGAGGACAAAAAGCCCGAACAAGACGAAGAGAAUAGAGAGUCUUCACAUAUCGCCACUGGCUAUUACUUGGCAGUAUGUUAUUCGGCAACGAUUGGUGGCUGUGCAUCACUAAUUGGUACUUCCACAAAUAUAGCAACAAAGGGCCAAUAUGAAAACUUAUUUGUGAAUACCACGGACAUCAUUGACUUUCCCAAAGCGUUGGCAUACAAUAUUCCUUGGGUGCUAGUAGCCUUAGUGCUCUUGUACUUCACACUUUUAAUGACCCAUUUUGGUCUUUUUCGUCCCAAAAGUGUGACCGGUGCGGCACUUUCUAGCUUCACAAAAAGUUCUAACGAAGUUACGACUGCAGUUAAACAGAAAUUUGAGGAUAUGGGUCCGAUGAGCAUUCAUGAAAUUCAAGUUGCUAUAAUAUCUAUACUUAUGAUAUUUUUGCUUACAUUUCAAUCACCUGGAAUUAUAACGGGAUGGGCUGAUCCUAUGAAUAAGAAAGGUUUUAUUAAAGGAGCUACCCCAAUGAUUGCCGUGGUCGUAAUGCUCUUUUAUUUUCCAGCAAGAUAUACAUUUUUCAAAUUCUGCUGCGGCAAGGGUCCUUUUCCCUCCAGCGCUGAGAAACCUUUAUUGUCAUGGAAAUACGUUAAUAACAAUUUCCCUUGGGGGAUCGUUUUUGUACUAGGUAGCGGGUUCGCGCUGUCAAAAAGCUUUAUAGAGUCUGGGUUGUCUCUGUGGCUUGCUGAUAAAGUGUCCACAUUCAAUGGAUUGCCUUUACCGGUUUUACAGUUAUUUUCGCUCUUGGUUUCGGCAUUUUUAACGACAUUUACUUUGAAUACGGGCGUGUGCAAUAUCGUUGUACCAAUUAUAGCUGAAAUUGCACGUAAUGCCCAAACGCAUCCACUAAAUUUGAUAUAUCCAGCUGGCCUGGGUUGCUGUGUUGCUUUCCUUUUACCAAUUAGUACGCCACCUAACGCCCUUGUAGCAGAACAAGCCAACAUAAGCUGGAAGAAAAUGUUUGUUGGCGGCCUAAUUCCCACGUUUACAACCAUAAUUCUCAUCUAUCUGAAUUCUUUAUCUUGGCACUUCAUUGUAUUUCCAGCAACUAAAGAUUAUCCUGCUUGGGCUGAUCUUCAGAAGAAGUAAAGACAAACUUUUAACGUUUCUCACACAUUCGAAUAUUUUAUACAUUUCAA